AUGGAAUUUAAAAAAUCGGUCAUAAUUAUUGGAGGAGGAUGGAGCGGAAUUGGGGUUGCUGGAUCAUUUGCGUACAACAAUUUUGAUGAUUAUAUUUUACUGGAGCAAACGGACUGUAUUGGAGGUUUUUGGAAAUAUCAUACUUACGAUUCUGUACGAAUGCACGAUCUAAGUAGAUUAUAUAAAACACCUCAUCAUCUGUUGGAGAAAUAUAAAGAUCAUUUUCUUUUGCAGUCCGAAGUACCGAUGUAUUUACAGCAAUACGCAGAGCAUUAUGGAAUAUCAAAUCGCGUAAUAUUUAGAUUUAAAGUAACACAAAUUUCUAAUCAAGAAGAUGAAGAAUUUUGUUGGAGAGUAACUGGAAUAAACUUAAUUGAAGAUGUUGAAAGAACUUACAUUUGUAAAUACCUUUGUAUUGCAACAUCUUAUUGUCGAGUUCCGCAUAUUCCAGAAAAUAUCAUGAAAUCUAUGGAUCGUUUUAAAAGAAAGAUAAUUCAUUCAGCUGACUAUAAAAACCCUUCUACUUUUGAUAUUUCAAAGCAUAGAAAAAUUCUUAUAAUUGGAGGUGGUCAUUCCUCUGCAGAAAUAUCAACUGAAUUAACAGAUGCUGGAUUUCAUGUCACUAUUGCACAUCGUGGUGGACAGUACUUUAUGAGACAACAUGAUUGGACACCUUACCUAUCAAAUCAAACAAUUGAAAAAUCUCUGCAAUAUUGGGGAUAUUCGAUGGCAGAUGAAAAUUUCAAAAAAAUACUGGAUACAUUCGAUGAACGAUUUUUGGAAAAAAUAUAUUAUAUUAAUAAUGAUAUUAAUUGGGCAAUUCCUUUGUUAAGACCUGCUUCUUUUAUAAUUUUACAUAAGAAAACGUUUAUUGAUGAUGCUCAUUUCAUUGAUUUACUUCGACAAAAGUCGAUUGAAGUUAAAGGAACUGUUAGAGAAAUUGUUGAAGAAGGAGUUAUAUUUGAAAAUAGAUCUGAAAUUCAAGAAUUUGAUGGAAUUAUCUUAUGCACUGGAUUUUCACAUGGACUUGAACAAUUCUUAGAUAAUGCAAAUCAAUAUUUAAGUCAUCAUCGUUAUCGUCAUUUACCACCAGAAAAAGCAUGUUUGCCAAUAACUGAUGGUCGAUGCAAAUCAUUCACAAAAAAACAACCUAUAUUUUCCAGGGUUUGA